AUGGCGGACUUGUUUACAUCAGUUGUCAUCCUCGAGUGGUGGUUGCAUGUAAUGAAAAUUAGAAUAAUGAUGACUUGGACGACUGUUGGGGUGAUGCUCGUCCUGCCGCUAGUGAUUCAAGGCUGUGAAGUGACAACGCUUGGAAGCCAUCUUGAAGAACCUCUGAAGAAGAACGGAGAUUCGUGGACUGUUAACGUGGACAUGAAUCCGAACCACGACGAUGACUGGCAAUUGGGCCUCCUCCUGACAGUCAGUGACGAGGUCCGAGCAACGACGGUCAUAAACUUGACACUAAACCACAUUUCGAAUCCGGUCUUACGACUCCACGGUCAUUUUGGUGAAGGAGAAAUCUCUGGCGAUGGCAUCCUUCCCAUGCCGAAAAAGCAGUCCUUUCCCCUCGCUGUCACAGUCCGUCGAUACGAUUUGGAACUUCAAGUGGAUCAUGUGAAGAAAGUCGAAACACACAGAGUAGGGAAUUUCGAUGGGAUAACAACUUCGACUCUUGAAUUAAAGAACAUAGUUGCUGCUGAAAACUUCAAUGUGUCACACGGUUGCGUCGAGGUCAAUAACAGCACAGCCACUACACUGAAGUAUUCGGCUCAACCAAAAGAUAAGCUUCCCUUCGUAUUUCCUGCGUCCGCGUCUGAGUGUUUCUCAGAAGUGACGCAUCUUCAGCACACAGGCAGUGUGAGAGGCGCCGUCGGAAAGUCUGGUCACAGGAAAGAGUGGGGUAACGAUGACUUGGACGACUGUUGUGAUGGCGAUCGUGCUGCCGAUGGUGAUACGAGAUGA